ACCUCGAAAAUAGAGUCCGUAUCUAUUAUAAAAAGGGGCCGCAAUUUUCAGGGGUUUUUCAAAUUUCAAAUUACUGAAGAAUACUGUUCUUCUUCUCCGUAGAGCAAAGAACGCAAAAAUGGAGAUUGUAUCAGUUCCGGUUGCUUCGUUUACGAAAGAGGAGGAAAAGAUCUACCAAAACUGGUUCAAUUUCGCUGAUUCAGAUGGAGAUGGUCGUAUUACAGGAAAUGAUGCUAUUAAGUUGUUUUCGUUGUCGAAUCUGUCGAAGCCUGAACUCAAACAGGUUUGGGCAAUCGCAGAUUCUAAACGACAAGGUUUUCUGGGUUUCAACGAGUUUGUCACUGCAAUGCAGUUGAUCUCCUUGGCACAAGAUGGAUCUGAACUCAGCUCUGAUCUUCUUAAGAGCAAAGCUAAUAUGGAGCUUUUGAGUCCUCCAUCGAUGGAAGGCUUGGAUGCUUUAUUUUCCAAAACUAGUGGAUCGUUGAUGAAAAACCUGAGUGGAACAAAUGGAACUAUACAAGUGCGGCCACCGUCACCAAUCAACAUGUUUUCCAAAAAAUCUAGAAAGAAGAUCCAGCCUUCCCUCACUGCUGUUACAUCUGUAACUGAUGGUUUGAAGAAACUAUACAAUGAAAAGUUGAAGCCACUAGAGCUUACUUACCGCUUUAAUGAUUUUGCAUCUCCUGCUCUGACGGAGAGCGAUUUUGAUGCCAAGCCUAUGGUCAUGCUUUUGGGACAAUACUCAACAGGAAAAACCACUUUUAUCAAACACUUGCUAAAGUGCAAUUAUCCAGGUGCACAUAUCGGACCAGAGCCAACAACCGACAGAUUUAUUGUGGUUACGUCUGGUCCAGAUGAAAGGAGCAUUCCUGGAAACACUAUUGCUGUUCACGCCGAGAUGCCAUUCACUGAUUUGACAAAGUUUGGUGGAGCAUUUUUGUCAAAAUUUGAGUGUUCCCAGUUGCCACAUUCUCUCCUUGACCAUAUUUCAUUUGUGGACACUCCCGGAGUUCUAUCCGGAGAGAAGCAAAGGACAGAGAGGAGUUACGAUUUUACUGGUGUCAUUUCAUGGUUUGCUGCCAAAUGUGACAUGAUACUCCUCUUGUUCGACCCACAUAAACUUGAUAUUAGUGAUGAAUUUAAACGAGUUAUAUCAUCUUUGAAAGGCCAUGAAGACAAAAUCCGUGUUGUAUUAAACAAGGCAGAUCAAGUUGAUACACAACAACUUAUGAGAGUUUAUGGUGCAUUGAUGUGGUCUCUCGGGAAAGUUCUGAACACACCUGAAGUUGUGCGAGUCUAUAUAGGCUCUUUCAACGAUAAACCUGUUAAUGAAGAAGCUAUUGGUUCUAUGGGAAAGGGUCUUUUCGAGAAAGAACAAGAUGACCUUCUUGAUGACUUGAUAGAUAUCCCAAAGAAGGCUUGUGACCGUCGAAUCAAUGAAUUUGUUAAACGUGCAAGAGCCGCUAAGAUACAUACCUACAUUAUGAGCCAUCUUAAGAAGGAGAUGCCAGCACUGAUGGGCAAGUCCAAAACACAACAAAAGCUCAUUCAGAAUCUUGACAACGAAUUCGAAAAGGUCCAGAAAGCGUUUCGUUUACCAGCAGGCGAUUUUCCAAGUGUUGAUCAUUUUAGGGAAGUUUUGGGUCAUUACAACAUCACUGAUUUCGAAAAAUUGAAGCCUAGAAUGAUUCAAGCUGUGGAUGAUAUGCUUAGCCAUGACAUUCCUGAGCUUCUGAAGAACUUCAGAAAUCCUUAUGAAUAAAAAGCUCUUAAUUUUUUUUAAAAAAAUUUUUAGAUGAAUGAUGAUUCAGAAUGUUAGUUUUAUCUUUGAGGUAUUUACUGAAAUUUGUGCAUUCUUUGCACUGGUGAAUCCAUAUUUCAUUUACUUCAAAGUUGUGAUAAAUUGGCAGUUACAUUU